AUAGGCAUGAUAGGUUAUAAUGUUGUCUCUUAUCCUCCUCCUACACCAGGUCUCAAUACACCAUGUCUCAAUACUACACAGAUGUGGGGUUGACGAAAUCAUAUUAGCAUUAUCAAGCCUGACAUUCACAAGAGCCUGGAGGCCAUGCAGGCACUCUUUGGCCUGGAGGUCACUGGGGUUCUGGACAAAAACACUCUGGAGGUGAUGAAGGAGUCCAUGUGUGGAGUGUCUGACAUCAGCAGAUAUGGACACUUCCACAGGAAACAAAAAUGGAAGAAGAGCACUGUCACCUACAGAAUCACUCAGUACACACCAGACCCAAGGCAGAGUGAUGUAGAUGCAACUAUAGCCCAGGCCUUCCAAAUCUACAGUGAUGUAAUCCUUCAAGACUUCAAACAGAUCCACACUGACACUGCCGACAUCAUGAUCCUCUUCAAGGGUUGAUGUGAGUAUGGACUAUCACAAUGGCAUGGAUUCAAUACCAUCUCUAUACACUACUGACAAAAUAUCUUAAAUCUCGCUUGUCCAAACACAGAUCACGGGGACUUCUAUCCUUUUGAUGACCGAAUUGUGUCUUAUCCCUUGCCAACUCCCCUGGACAGGACACACACUUUGAUGACGACGAAACCUGGACAAUGAGCUAGCGGGGUGACCAUCUGAACACACAACAAUAUUUAAAACACAGUGUUGCCCAAUUCACUUAUUCAACAGACUCACAUGUAAUGUUGUCCUCAGAAGUGAAUCUGCAGUUGGUGGCGGCACAUGAGUUUGGCCACGCUCUGGGACUUGACCACCCCAGGGACUGGAGAGCUCUGAUGGCGCUCGGCGCCUGAACAUGACGAGAUUCUCAGGGACCUGCACGGGCAGGGUGUGGUGGUUUAUAUCGAUGACAUUCUGAUUUAUUCCGUUACAUGCGCCGCGCACAUGUCUCUGGUGCGCAGGGUACUUGGGCGACUUUUGGAGCAUGACGUGCACUUCAAGGCUGAGAAAUGUGUGUUCUCCAACAAGCCGUCUCUUUCCUGGGGUAUCGCAUUUCCACAUCUGGGGUCGUGAUGGAGUGUGACCGCGUUGCAAUCGUGCAUAAUUGGCAGACUCCGACCACGGUAAAGGAGGUGCAGCGGUUCUUAG